AUGACCGUGACAAGUAACGUAUCAGAGGAGGCCAAACCGGAGCAUCUGACCCUCCAUCAUCUGGGAGGAGGAGGAGGAGGACCUCCUGAACAGGAGCCGCUGUGCAUCUUUGGAACGGGAGAUUUAGGCCGCUCCCUCGGUCUGCGUUUGCUCCAAACGGGCUUCAAGGUGGUAUACGGCAGCCGCAGACCUCAAAGCUGCGGCGCUUUGCCAGACGGAGCUCAGGUGAUGAGGCAUGAGGCCGCGGCCAAGGCGGCGCGGCUCAUCUUCAUUUGUGUUCACAGAGAACAUUACUCGUUCAUGGAGACGCUGACGCCUUAUCUGGAAGGGAAGGUGUUGGUGGACCUCAGUAACAACCUGAAGAAAGGCAUCUACCCGGAAGCCAACGCUGUCUACCUGCAGAGACUGGUCCCUGGAGCCACGGUGGUGAAAGGUCUUAACACUCUCUCUGCUUGGGCUCUGCAGAAUGCUCUUCUGUCAGGAAAACAGGUCUACCUGUGUGGGAACAGUACAGAGGCAAAGCAGGCCAUAGCGGAGGUGGCCACCAAGAUGGGUCUCACAGUUGUGGACAAGGGGUCUCUAUCUGCAGCCAGGGACCUGGAAGACUUCCCCCUGCAGCUCUUCCCAGAGUGGAGACUUCCGCUGAAAAUCGCCAUGGGCCUCACCGCCUUUUUCUACUUCUACCUGCUCAUCAGAGACGUCAUCUACGCCUACGUGGAGCAGGGGAAAGACAUCUCCUACAGAAUCAUGGUGUCCCUGGCCAACAAGGUCUUUCCCAUCGUUUCGCUUGUCAUGUUGUCGUUGUGUUACCUGCCCGGUGUUAUCGCCGCCGUCUUUCAGCUAUACAGAGGAACCAAGUACAGACGUUUCCCUAACUGGCUGGACCGCUGGAUGCUGUGCAGGAAGCAGAUGGGCCUGGUUGCACUGGGUUUCGCUUUCCUCCACGCAAUCUAUACGUUCAUCAUUCCGAUUCGCUACGCUGUCAGGCAUAAACUCAUCUCCCGUGUGGUGGACGAGAUGAAGAACAACAAAACCACCCCGUUUGACUUUAAUGACACAGAAGCAUGGGGGACUGACUCCUUCUACGUCCUGGGCAUCCUGGGGUUCUUCCUUUAUGUCCUGCUCGGCCUAACGUCGCUGCCCUCUGUGGGAGGUUCGCUCAGUUGGAGGGAGUUCAGCUUCAUUCAGUCUAAACUGGGCCACGUAACCUUGUUCAUAUGCACCGCGCACGGUUACAUUUACGGCUGGAAUAAAUUCCUCCGCCCGUCUACGUACAAGUGGUACACCCCCCCGGGCUACAUGCUGUGUCUGGUGGUGCCGUCCGUGGUGCUGCUGCUCAAAAUGCUUCUCCUGCUGCCGUGCGUGGAUCGCACGCUCACUCGCAUUCGACAGGGCUGGGAGCGGAAUCAAUCGUCGAGGGUGGAGACCAACCUGUGACCCCCGCCGCACGCCGUCGUCCAAAGCGACCUCAGCAGAUUUGUUGAUGGAAAGAAACUUUAAUCAACCGUCUUUAUGAGUGAUGCGGAUGAGUUUUGCACAUGCAUUCAAAGGGUAGAUAAAGAGAUAACUUCGGGCAGGUGGAGUAUGUUUAUGCCCUUUGAACAGGCCCCGCCUCCUCUCAUGUGUGCAAUCGUGAGCAAGAUAAGACACGCAAACACACAGGCCUUCCAGGGUAUAAACGUCUCUUUUUUUUCUUUUUUUUUUUUCCCGGAGAUUUGAGAGUUUUUAUGUUCCUCCGAACGUGUCAAAAAUAGACAAAUAUCCCCUGAUGCCAUACAUUGUUUUGAUAAACACAAGCAAUCAUUUCCAUUCCUCUCCCUCCAAGUGGAGCAUCCCUGAAGCUGUUCUCGUCUCUGGGUGCGUCUCAUUGCCUAAAUCGGCCUCUCUCUCUCUCUCUCUCUCUCUCUCUCUCAAGGGCACUCGCACAAAAUUACAAUAAAGUGUUCACCGUAGUGUAACGCAGUCCCUCAGCCAGUGUGAUUAAACACACUUCACACGGUCUAAAUCGGUGCUCUACAAGGAGAGCCAGGUUGAGUUCUUGUGUACUGUGCGAGCAAACAGAGCGUAAAAAAAAAAACAUGACACAUGAUACACUGUUGUGCAUGUAUCAGUGCUGUUAAGUGUCUCUCCUCGCCGACGCGUCAGUCAUCGUCAGUGUUAUUGAGUCUUGAUGAUUCACUGUUAUGUAUCUAUAGGAUAUAAAGCAAUGCAAUAAUGAUAAACAAUGGUACGUCAUGUAUUCUUAUAUGUCUUCUUAUAGUGUAAUAAUGCAUGU